UGCGGCAUCAACAAUCUCAAUUCCACUGCUGCGAAGACCUGCGCUGCAAAGGCUGGCUCCGACACAGUCUUCGAGUGGCAUCUCAAUAAGGACAGCCCGUCUGAUCCGUACAUCAGCCAUGGCCACAAAUGUGCCUGUACUGUGAACAUGGUUCCUGCCUCGACAAACGGACUUGGUGCCUCGUGGUUCAAGGGCUACAACGCAACCACCAACAAGUGGUGCAUGGAUCAGAUCCAUGAAGGCGGAGGCAAGGUCAAUUUCACAAUCUCUGCCGAUAUCAAGGAUGGCGAUUACAUUGUGCGUGGAGAAUUCAUAUGCCCGACUUUCAAGGGCAACGCCGACUCAUUGUUUGUCAACUGUGCGCACAUCUCGGUUACUGGUGGCGGCAGUGUUGGGCCCAAAGGCUACGACAUCACCAAGGCGUACCAGGCAUCGAACGAGUCCAAGUACUCUGCCCGUAACAAAAACUUCACUUCAUACCCGAUUCCUGGCCCUGCUGUCUAU